AUGGCCUUCAGGGGGAUGGAGGAGAAGGGGGGGCGAGGGGCACUCACGAGGGGGUGCGAGGGGCACUCACGAGGGGGUGCAAGGGGCACUCACGAGGGGGUGCGAGGGGCACUCACGAGGGGGUGCGAGGGGCACUCACGAGGGGGUGCGAGGGGCACUUACGAGGGGGUGCAAGGGGCACUCACGAGGGGGUGCGCGGGGCAUUCACGAGGGGGUGCGAGGGGCACCCACGAGGGGUUGCAAGGGGCACUCACGAGGGGGUGUAAGGGGCACUCACGAGGGGGUGCAAGGGGCACUCACGAGGGGGUGCAAGUGGCACUCACGAGGGGGUGCAAGGGGCACUCACGAGGGGGUGCGAGGGGCACUCACGAGGGGGUGCGAGGGGCACUCACGAGGGGGUGCGAGGGGCACUCACGAGGGGGUGCGAGGGGCACUCACGAGGGGGUGCGAGGGGCACUCACGAAGGGGUGCGAUGGACACUCACGAGGGGGUGCGAGGGGCACUCACGAGGGGGUGCAAGGGGCACUCACGAGGAGGUGCGAGGGGCACUCACGAGGGGGUGCGAGGGGCACCCACGAGGGGGUGCGAGGGGCACUCACGAGGGCGUGCGAGGGGCACCCACGAGGGGGUGCGAGGGGCACUCACGAGGGCGUGCGAGGGGCACUCACGAGGGGGUACAAGGGGCACUCACGAGGGGGUGCGAGGGGCACCCACGAGGGGGUGCGAGGGGCACUCACGAGGGGGUGUGAGGGGCACCCACGAGGGGGUGCGAGGGGCACUCACGAGGGCGUGCGAGGGGCACUCACGAGGGGGUGCAAGGGGCACUCACGAGGGGGUGCGAGGGGCACUCACGAGGGGGUGCGAGGGGCACCCACGAGGGGGUGCGAGGGGCACUGA